AUGGCACCUUUACAAGCACCUAUACUUCCAAUACCUGGUGAGACUGAUCACCAACAACAACAUCAAGUACAACAACAACCGUACUACACAGGUCAACUUCAAAAGAAACAAGCUACAGAAGGGUCGGUAGAAUGGUACUUUGACCAAGGUGUCAACUGGAUGGGUGAUCAUCCUUGGAUAACAGGAUUCGGUGCAUUAACAGUUGCCUAUUUUGCUGCUGGAUUAGUCAAGUCAAACAAGCCAGGUAUCAAUGGUAAGGCAUUCCAUCGAGGCGGGUUCGGUACCAAAAUGACACCGAAGGAAGCAUUGUUAAUUUUGAACUUGAAAGAAACUAAUUUAAGUAAAUUGAAAUUGAAGGAACAACAUAGAAGAUUAAUGAUGGCAAAUCACCCCGAUAAAGGUGGAUCGUCGUAUUUGGCUACUAAAGUUAAUGAAGCCAAAGAGUGCUUGGAGAAGAGAGGUGGAAUGAAAGCGAAAUAA